UUUUUUUACUAAACGCCUCGAGAAACCCUUCAUCCUCUUCUUCCAUUCUUCUCUGCAUCCCUACCCGUUAAACUAUGGCGAAAUUUCUUCGCCGUCAUCACGAACAUGAUCCCCCGAUAGGAGAGAUUCCUGUGCCUCACGGCCCCGAGACGGGCGAUGAGCAUCUACAUUACCCUCCCGGAGCUUCCACCAGCUACACUACCGAAUAUGAGCGGCAGAUUUUCUCGCAUUUGACACAUCCUGACGACUCGUACACGGAUGAUGGAGUCUACUGGGCCGACCUACCAUUCUGGAAGCGCUGGUCCUUCGUUAGCAAGGUCGAUCGAGCUGAAAGCGCUAAAGAAGCCAAAAACAUAUGGGCUAUGGUAAAGGAAGAUCCCCUCAGCCCGGUCUCCUGGUACUUCCGAAACGCUAUCCUACCCGGUGCCGGACUGGGUCUGGAAGGCUACGUUCUUUUCUCCAUUGGAAACCUAGAGCCUCUCUUUGAGAGCGUAUGGGGAACCUGCUGGGGCAAGUCCGGUACCGAAUGCAGCAGGAAUUGGGUGGCCGCCGUGACCUACCUUGAAAUUAUUGGUAUCAUGGUUGGGCAAGUCUUCGUCGGUGUCAUUGGCGACUGGGUUGGCCGAAGAUGGGGUUUGAUACAAGACGCCUUAGUUAUGUUGCUCGGUCUGCUCAUGCUAACCGGAUCUUGGGGUACCACACUCCAAGGCUGGGUUAUCAUGUACGCAUGGUCCCUAUUCGUUUACGGUAUCGGAGUCGGUGGUGAAUACCCGAUUACGGCAACAUCGUCCAUGGAAAAUGCCGUUACUGCCGGUAGAUUAUCGACUAGGGAUGAUCGUCUUCACCGUGGUCGCAAAGUUACAAUGGCAUUUUUGAUGCAAGGUUGGGGUCAGUUCGUCAACCAGGUCGUGCUCAUUGUGCUAUUGGUGAUUUUCAACCGUGGUUCCGGUAGCCCCCCGUACUCGACGACUGCUGCCCAAUAUGCUUUCCGCUUGUCGUUUGCCUUCCCAGCUAUCGGCACUUUAUGGUUGGCUUACUACCGUACCUGGAAAAUGAAGUCUGCUAGCAAGCAGUUGGAGGCGGCUAAGAGGAAGUCGAACGUAACUGGAUACGACGUCCGGUCUCUUAAGUUGACAGUCGGCAACUUCGGCGGACGUCUACUAGCCACCGCCGGUGGGUGGUUUUGCAACGACGUAUUCUUCUACGGCAACAAGCUAUUCCAAAGUCAAUUCAUUAAAGUUAUCUCUGGUAACUCCAACUCGAUCAUGACGACGUGGACAUGGAACUUGGUUAAUGUGGUCGUUUCGCUCGCUGGCUAUUACGCUGCAUCCAUGCUGAUUGACAACAAGAUGUACGGCAGGAAAAGCAUGCAACAGGUUGGUUUCCUGAUGUGCUUCAUCAUGUUUGUAGUUCCGGCAUUCCACUACGACUACUACAGCAAAUCUGCGGGGAUCCACGCUUUCCAGGCGAUGUACUUCCUGUCAUCCUUCUUCAACCAAUUCGGUCCCAACUCGGUCACUUUCCUCGUCGCUGGUGAGGUUUUCCCUACCCAGAUUCGAGCCAGUGCCCACGGAUUUUCAGCCAUGAUUGGAAAAGCCGGCGCUCUCUUGGCUUCCGUACUGUACAACUACAUCGAUACCCGAACUAAGUUCUACGUGGUCCCUUGGUUCGGCCUUGCCGGCAUGCUCAUCACGCUAAUUUGGCUCCCCGACACGACUGGCCUCGACCUUAAGGAGCAGGAACGUCGGUGGCAAUACAUCCUUGAUGGCCGCGAGAACGAGUACCACGGAAUUGCUAUCCACCCUCAGCAUCUUUCGCUAUGGGAGAGAUGGACUGGUGUCGGAAAGAACUAUCACCCCGACCUGGAUAUGAAGGCCAAGAUCAAGGACAUGCGCGCCGACUGGCAAGAGAGAGAGGCUGCCAGAGCUGCUAGCGAUGUGGAGUCAGCAGCUCCGCUUGAAGACGAUGAAGACUACACACACGAAAUCUACAACUACUUCAAGGGCCAUGCGCCCAGCAGCGUCAACUCGCUAAAGCAAGAAAAAGGCGUGAACCGGCCGUCACCUUCUAAUGCAAACGGCUCGUCGAGCGAAACGAUAGAAGAGCACACCCUAAACGAAAAGAGCGAGCCUAAAGAUUCUUAAGACAUGGGAAUGAAUGGAGCGCGCUUCGGGUUGGAAUGGGGUAAAUAAUCUGUUUAUGAUAAAAGGGGCACUUUUCAUGUUAAUGUUGGAUUUGAUGAUAUCCUCGUUAAGUUAAGUGAGGGCGAGAGGGACUAAGUACCUAACCUAAGAUUCCCAAUACGGCUGUAUGAUGAAAUAGCAUGGCGUUAUAGGUGAAAUGAAAUGAAAUGGAAUGAAAUAAGUUGAAUUGAUGACUUAUUGUAUGCAAUUCGAUGCAAUUCGAUGUUGUGAGGUUAAAUGUAUAUGUCAGGUAGGUACCUAAGUAUUUGGUAAAAUUACUUGCAUAUAGGUACC